AUGAAAUAUAUUCUUAAUGACAUUUCUAACGAGAAAUUAAAAAAACUAGAUAUUAAAAAAUACACAAAAAAUGAUUUAUUAUAUUUAAGAGAUUAUAGUUCUUUUUCUUUUCAAAAACUAGAAAAAGAAAUAGAAGAAAUAGGACGCUUAUCAAGCGAAGAUCAAAAAUUAUAUGGUACUUUGACUUCUAUAAACAAUAUAAUAGACCAAAAUUAUACACUAUAUUGCUUAAUAAUUGAAAACAAUUUAAUUGGCAUAUUAAAAAUAGGUUCAAAAAACUUAUACUUGUAUGAUAAAAAAAAUUUGCAUUAUCAAAGAUGUACAUGUGUAUUAGAUUUCUAUAUAUUAAAUAAUUUUCAAAAAAUGGGUCUUGGAAUAAAGCUUUUUAAUUUUAUGCUAAAAGACAACAAUAUUGCACCAUCAAAGUUAUGCUAUGAUAACCCAUCUAAGAAGCUUCAGAAUUUUCUAAAAAAGUAUUUUUCCCCGUGUAAUUUAAUUAAACAGCCCAAUAAUUUUGUUAUUUUUUCUGAGUACUUUGACAGUAGUCUUGAAUAUUUUAAUAGAAAUUACGCAAAUAUAGAAAAUAGAAAUGAAAAUACUAUGAGAUGUGCAUAG